AUGAAACCCUCUAUAUCUAUUCUGCACUGCCGGUGCAGCAGCUCCGGCUUACGGUCGACAGCCACUCGCUUUCCCCGAUAUGCCUCAACCUCCUCAACGACCUCAACAUCUUCCUCCUCCUCGUCGUCACCACCAUCCUCCACCACCACGACACCCUCCUCAACCUCCCCAAAAACCCGCUGGCUAGCCCUCACCCUGGUGAGCCUCGCCGCCGCCGGCGCAGGCGCCUACAUCCGCUCCCAAACCCCAGACUCGGCAACCCUCAACAAAGAAACCUUCACAAAAUACAGCCUCGUCUCACGAGACCCCGUCUCCGCAACAAGCAGCCUCUUCACCCUCCGGCCCCAUUACCACAGCGACAGCAACUACGACGUCUACGAAGAAGCCUGGCGCACCGGCGUCUGGAGCGUGAUGUUCAAGCAGCCCCAGCUCCAAAUUGGCCGCGACUAUACACCUCUGCCCACGACGGCGGCGACGGCGUUGACCGUUGACGAGGAGAAUGAGGGAUACUUGCGGUUCUUUAUUCGGAAGGAUCCGUUUGGUGAAGUGUCGCGGUAUCUGCAUAGUCUUGACGUGGGCGCGGAUAUUGAGCUGCGUGGGCCGCAGAUUGAGUGUGAGAUUCCCGUGGGGACGAAGGAGAUUUUGUUUAUUGCUGGUGGGACGGGGAUUGCGCCAGCGCUGCAGGCGGGAUAUUCGCUGUUGAAUCGGACGAGCGAGGGCGAUCGGCCGAGGAUUCAUAUUAUUUGGGCUAGUCGGCUGAGGGCGGAUUGUGUGGGUGGUGUGAGUGAUACGGUCAAAGCUUUGGAUGCGCCGUCGAGUCGAUCGUGGUUCUCGGGCUGGUUUGGUUCGUCUAACAGCGUCUCUCAGAAGGAGACUGUUAGCACGGUGUCUCGGGAACAGGGACAGUCGCUGAUUGUGCGGGAAUUGGAGGCGCUCAAGUCGCAGUAUCCUGGCCAGAUUACGGUGGAUUACUACCUGGAUGAGGACAAUCGCUUCAUUGGGAAGAAUGAUCUGGCCGAGUUUAUCAAGCCUUCUAAAGAGGUGGAGGGCCAGCAGAAACAUAAGUUGAUUUUGGUGUCUGGUCCCGAGGGCUUCAUUAGUUACAUGGCUGGGCCUAAAGUGUGGGCUCAAGGUACGGAGCUCCAGGGCCCUCUGAAGGGCAUCAUUAAGGAGUUGGAUCCUAAAGACUGGGCUGUAUGGAAGCUGUGA